AUGAAAGGGCAAUCACUGAAAUCUGACUUUAGGCUUGUGCCUGUUAACUACCUAGCAACUCGAGCAUCGAAGGGCCGAUUGUACAAGAGCAAUCUCAUCAACUCACAAGUGCGGAGAGUCUUAGUACUUAAGGAUGGGGAAAGAUAUCCCGUUCAAAAAGCUGCCUGCUUUUCGAAUCUUGCUUAUGACCAGGGUUCGGUGGAUCAAGCCAACAGUUGA